AUGCCAACAGAUCACGAAGAACCCUGUGGUCCAGGGCACAGGUCCUUUUGCCUGAAUGGGGGGAUUUGUUAUGUGAUUCCUACUAUUGCCAGCCCGUUUUGUAGGUGUGUGGAGAAUUACACAGGCGCUCGCUGUGAAGAGGUUUUCCUCCCCAGCCUCAGCGUCCAGAGCAAAAGCAACGUGCCUGCAGGCGUGGUGGCGCUGGCUGUGCUGGUGACCGUGGCCUUUGCAGCCCUCUACUUCCUCUGCAGGAGGGGGCAUCUUCCGAGGUCCCGGUGGAGCCCGUGUGAGGUCAGCCUGGUGGAGGCGGACGGUGCCAGCGCCGGCCACCGUGAGUACAGCCCCGGGCUGUGCCCCAGCUCCGAGGGACACUGA